CGUCGCUGCUGGGAGUGCUGGCUCCUCAGGACUCGUCAAGGCCGGUCGAUAUCCGCUCAAGGCCCGCCGAUAGCUGCCCAGAUCCAUCUGCAUCGUCCUGCGAUCCAGUCCACGUCUGUUUGAGCUCCCUGCCCAAGCCUGCAGUUUUUGCUCAGAGUCGUCCUCGCCAUGAACCAUUCCAGGAAGGCGCUGCUCGAGCCGCUGACAGCAUCGUUUAUCGGAAACUCGUUCGUCAAGGAAGAGGCAUCUGCAUUCCGGCGCCCCAUCGUAUGUCCAGUAACAUCAUCCGUCAUCCACCAUGUCUACGACUCCACCCCCACGACGAUCCAGCGCGGAGUAGCAAGUGCCCGGACAGCCUUCCAGUCUUGGAAGCUGACCACCGGGAGCGAACGAAGAGAUGCGCUCCUGGGCAUUGCCAGCGCCUUUCGUGCCCACAUCGAUGAACUGAGUUUCCUGGAAGCGCUCGGUGGCAAGACGAUUCGGGAUGCGCGAUGGGACGUCGAGUCGACGAUCGACUAUCUGCAGUACUUUGCGGGCCACGCUGACAAGAUCGAAGGCCGGACGUUUAGCGUCAACCCCCGGUUCCGCACAUUCACCCAGCGCGAGCCCGUCGGCGUCACGGCGCUGGUUACUGCCUUCAACUAUCCACUAUUGAUUGCCGUUUGGAAGCUGGCCCCGGCUCUGGCUUGUGGAAAUACCGUUGUCAUCAAGCCGCCGCCACAAACGCCGCUCUCGACAUUGUAUAUGGCCUCGCUCGCAUCAGCGCAUCUGCCACCCGGCGUUCUCACGGUCCUGCCCGGGGGUGCCGAGAGCAGCCAGCAGAUCUGCGAGCACCCCGAGAUCGACUUGAUUUCAUUCACGGGCUCGACCCAGACGGGAGCAGCGAUCGGGGCCACAGCCGCCAGGGCAAUGAAGCGAGUUAUCCUCGAGCUCGGUGGCAAGAACGCGUUUGUGGUCUGUCCAAGUGCGGAUCUGGACUUGGCUGUUGAAGGUCUCGUCGAUGCGGCCUUUGGCAACGCUGGACAGAACUGCUGUGCGGCCUCGCGCCUGUUCUUGGACGAGACAAUCCACGAUGUCUUUAUGCAGAAGCUUCUGGCACGGAUCCGCAAGAUCCAAAUCGGAGACAACAUGGACGAGCGCACGGAUCUGGGCCCUCUGGUGGACGAACGGCACUUUGAAAACGUCCGACAGUUCAUCGAAAGAGCCAAACAACAAGCCCACAUCCAGCUGGUCGCAGGCGGGAGUCGUCACGGAUCAAGCGGGUACUUUGUCGAGCCCACAGUGUUCCAGAACGUGGAUGAUGCAGACGAACUUGGCCAGACGGAAGUGUUUGGACCCGUUCUGGUGGUCAUGAAGCCAUUCAAGUCUCUGGACGAAGCGAUAGCGCGGACGAACGGCACCCAAUACGGACUCACCGCCAGCGUGUGGUCUGAAAAGAACGCCGAGAUCGAGCGGUUUGUCAGACGCGUGAACGUUGGCCUGGUCUGGGCAAACUGCCACAACGACACGCCGUCGUAUCUGCCCUUUGGCGGCCAAAAGAUGAGCGGCAUCGGCAAGGAGUGUGGGUCGGCAGCACUGGAUCAGUUCUCGGCCACAAAGUCGGUGCACAUUCGAGUGGAUGUCUGAGUGGGGCCACGGCCAGGCAACGGUGCGCGCGCGCAGGCACGCCCAUGGCUGUUGGACAAUAGAAGCCCCAGCGGCGCGAGUUUAGGCAGUUCUUUGCCUUGCCAAGAAUGGCAUGCCAGGGCAGGCGACG